AUGACGAAGAUCACCAAGCCUACCACUGGUGAGACAGGAGCGGCAGAACCUAUCCUCACUCGGAUUGUCAGAGAGGACAAGAUUGUGAAAGAUUUCGAUAAUCCACAAGGAUCCUUGAAGGGAAUCAUUGGUGCAGCAUAUUCUCUUGGAGCUAUCUUAUCUCUUCCUUUCGUGCCCAUCGCCAAUGAACGAUUUGGAAGACGAUGGGCCAUAGCGCUCGGAUCCGUCAUCAUGUUGAUUGGUGCUAUCAUCCAAGGAUGCGCCCAAAGUGUUGGCAUGUAUAUUGCUGCACGGCUAAUCCUUGGAUUCGGUAUACCAAUGUGCAUUGUAGCUGGAUCAUCCUUGAUAGGUGAACUGGGUUACCCCAAGGAACGUCCAGUUCUUACAUCCCUCUUCAAUGUCUCUUAUUUCGUUGGGCAAAUUACUGCGGCUGGCAUCACUUUCGGUACUAACAGCAUUGCUUCCAACUGGGGCUGGAGAAUUCCCUCUUUACUCCAGAUGGCACCGUCUCUCCUUCAGCUUUCCUUCGUCUUCUUCCUACCGGAAAGUCCUCGCUGGCUCGUUUCCAAAGACCGCAGCGAGGAGGCCUUUGAGAUCCUGACCAAAUACCACGCGGAGGGGGACCGAGACUCAGAAUUUGUUCGGGCAGAAAUGGCCCAGAUCCAAACGACCAUCCACCUUGAGAUGGAAAACUCUCGCAAGUCAUGGUUUGAUCUGUUCGCGACCGCUGGAAUGCGUCGUCGUGCUCUGGUAUCUACCUUCCUUGGUCUCUUCACCCAAUGGUCUGGCAAUACUUUGAUCUCGUACUACUUGGGUGACCUUCUCGCCAUGAUUGGCCAUACCGACUCGGUGUUCAAGCAGAAGAUCAACCUUGGUAACUCCUGCUGGAGUCUCGUGUGUGGUGUGACUGCUUCUCUUCUAGUUACUAGGUUCAGACGACGAACUAUGUAUCUGGCUUGCACGAUCAGUCUUUUGCUCGUCUACAUUUCGUGGACCAUCUCCAUGCAACAGGCAAUGCAGGCUAAAGCCGAAAAGCGCAAGAACGGAUCUGCCGGUAUCGCCACUAUCUUUUUCAUUUUCCUCUAUUCCCCAGCCUAUAAUCUCGGCUACAACGCCCUGACAUAUACCUACAUGGUCGAAAUCUGGCCAUACGCCGAGCGAUCCCGCGGCCUCGCCCUCUUCCAAUUCUUCGGACGCAUGGCGAAUUUCUUCACCACGUUCGUCAACCCGAUCGGCCUGGACAACAUCGGCUGGAAAUGGCUCAUCACGUAUUGCUGCUGGCUAGCCUUUGAAAUCGUGUUUGUGUGGUUCUUCUUCCCCGAGACCUCGAACCGCACUCUCGAGGAGCUUGCUUUCUUGUUUGAGGACAAGGCUCUUGCCGAGCAGGCCGUCAUGGCCGUUGAGAAAGUCAUCCACGAUGACGAUGUCGACGCGGUCACUUUGGAUACCAAGCGUGCUCAAGGCGGCCAGACGGAGCUCGUUGAAGAAAUUCCGGAUCACGGCACGACUCAAGCUCCGAGUAAAGUGUGA